GCGAAUGGUCUGGCCCGUGGGUAGCCGCCACCCCCUUCGGCAGCGACAGCUGCUCCAGCUGCUCGCGGUCGUGCGCCUGAGCCCCGAGCCGUGGCUGCCGCGGGCUGUGGGUGGGCAGGGCAGCUCCGGACCCCUGCGCAGGCUGCCCAGCCCGCGGACCGCCGCCCGCGGCAAAGCGGGGAGCGCGGAGCCGCAGGGGGACGCCUGCAGCGGGGAGGCGAGCACCGGGGCUGGGCUCUCCUCACCCGGACUGUAUCCUGAAUCUUCGUGAGGCAUCUUGGAGUUCAAUCUGUUUAAUCCCAGGGGGGACAGAAGAAUUGGUACCUUCUUAUCCCAUAACUUGUGUCCUGAAAUCUGAGAAUUCCAUUCAGAUAGUAUGAUAGGAACUUUCAGUGAUUUGGAGGCAUAUCCUACUUAGACUAAUGUGGGCCUUCUAGCUUUCCUGAGAGCAAACACACAGUGGUUGCUAAUCGGCACAGAGAAUAAUGCCAUCUCUGCCUCAAGAAAGAGUUAUUCAGGGACCCUCUCCCCUGGAUCUGAAUACAGAAUUGCCUUAUCAAAGCACAAUGAAAAGGAAAGUCAGAAAGAAGAAAAAGAAAGGAACCAUUACAGCAAAUGUUGCUGGGACAAAGUUUGAAAUUGUUCGUUUAGUAAUAGAUGAAAUGGGGUUUAUGAAAACUCCAGAUGAGGAUGAAACAAGUAACCUUAUAUGGUGUGAUUCUGCGGUUCAGCAGGAAAAGAUUGCAGAGCUGCAAAAUUACCAGAGGAUCAACCAUUUUCCAGGAAUGGGGGAGAUCUGUAGGAAGGAUUUCUUAGCAAGAAAUAUGACCAAAAUGAUCAAGUCCCGGCCUCUGGAUUAUACCUUUGUUCCUCGAACAUGGAUCUUCCCUGCAGAAUAUACGCAAUUCCAGAACUAUAUGAAAGAAUUGAAGAAAAAAAGAAAGCAGAAGACUUUUAUAGUGAAACCAGCUAAUGGUGCAAUGGGUCAUGGGAUUUCUUUGAUAAGAAAUGGUGACAAACUUCCAUCUCAGGAUCACUUGAUUGUUCAAGAAUACAUUGAAAAGCCUUUCCUGAUGGAAGGUUACAAGUUUGAUUUACGAAUUUAUAUUCUGGUAACAUCGUGUGAUCCACUAAAAAUAUUUCUCUACCAUGAUGGACUUGUGCGAAUGGGAACAGAGAAAUACAUUCCACCUAAUGAGUCCAAUUUGACCCAGUUAUACAUGCAUCUGACAAACUACUCUGUGAACAAGCACAAUGAGCGUUUUGAAAGGGAUGAAACUGAAAACAAAGGCAGCAAACGUUCCAUCAAAUGGUUUACGGAAUUCCUACAAGCAAAUCAACAUGAUGUUGCUAAGUUUUGGAGUGAUAUUUCAGAAUUGGUGGUCAAGACUCUGAUUGUAGCAGAGCCUCAUGUCCUGCAUGCAUAUCGAAUGUGCAGACCUGGUCAACCGCCAGGAAGUGAAAGUGUCUGCUUUGAAGUCCUGGGAUUUGAUAUUUUGUUGGAUAGAAAACUAAAGCCAUGGCUUCUGGAGAUCAAUCGAGCUCCAAGUUUUGGAACUGACCAGAAAAUAGACUAUGAUGUAAAAAGGGGAGUGCUGCUAAAUGCACUGAAACUACUAAACAUCAGAACCAGUGAUAAAAGGAGAAACUUGGCAAAACAAAAAGCUGAGGCUCAAAGGAGACUUUAUGGUCAAAAUUCAAUAAAAAGGCUCUUACCUGGUUCCUCAGACUGGGAACAGCAGAGACACCAGCUGGAGAGGCGGAAAGAAGAGUUGAAAGAGAGACUUGCUCAAGUACGAAAGCAGAUCUUGAAAGAAGAACAUGAAAAUCGACAUAUGGGGAAUUAUAGACGAAUUUAUCCUCCUGAAGAUAAAACACUACUUGAAAAGUAUGAAAAUUUGUUGGCUGUUGCCUUUCAGACCUUCCUUUCGGGAAGGGCAGCUUCAUUCCAGCGAGAGCUGAAUAAUCCUUUGAAAAGGAUGAAGGAGGAAGAUAUUUUGGAUCUUCUGGAGCAAUGUGAAAUUGAUGAUGAAAAGCUGAUGGGCAAAAUUGCCAGGCCUCGAGGACCCAAGCCUCUGUCUUCCAUGCCCGAGAGUACUGAGAUAAUGAAACGACAGAACUACUGCAGCAGCGACAGCAGCUAUGACAGUAGCAGCAGCUCUUCAGAAUCAGAUGGAAAUGAGAAGGAAGAAUACCAAACUAAGAGAGGAGAAAAGCAAGUUACAUAUAAUCUUAAACAGUCCAGCCACUACAAAUUAAUUCAACAAUCCAGCUCCAUCAGGCGUUCAGUCAGUUGCCCUCGGUCCAUCUCUUCUCAAUCACCGUCCAGUGUGGACAACCGCCCCUUCUCUGCUCAACAACUGAUAGCGUCCCGGCCAAUGUCAGGGUCUCGGUCACACUCUUUAAACCGUGCUUCCUCCUACAUGAGACAUCUGCCUCACAGUAAUGAUGACAGCUCCACUGACUCUCAGAUGAGUGAGUCUUUGCGGCAACUGAGAACAAAAGAACAAGAAGACGAUCUAACAAGUCAGACCUUGUUUGUUCUCAAGGACAUGAAGAUCCGGUUUCCAGGAAAAUCAGAUGCAGAAUCCCUGCUUCUGAUAGAAGAUAUCAUUGAUAACUGGAAGUAUCAUAAAACAAAAGUGGCUUCAUACUGGCUCAUAAAAUUGGACUCUGUAAAACAACGAAAAGUCUUGGACAUAGUGAAAACAAGUAUUCGUACAAUUCUUCCACACAUCUGGAAGGUACCUGAUGUUGAGGAAGUUAAUUUAUAUCGGAUUUUCAACCGGGUUUUUAAUCGCUUACUCUGGAGUCAUGGCCAAGGACUGUGGAACUGUUUCUGUGAUUCAGGAUCCUCGUGGGAGAGUAUUUUCAGUAAAAGCCCAGAGGUGGUGACUCCUUUGCAGCUCCAGUGUUGCCAGCGCCUGGUCGAGCUCUGUAAACAGUGCCUGCUAGUGGUUUACAAAUACGCAGCUGACACAAGAGGAUCACUCUCCGGCAUUGGUACCGAUUGGGGUAAUUCCAGGUAUUUACUACCAGGGAGUACACAAUUCUUCAUGAGAACACCAACCUACAACUUGAAAUACAGUUCACCUGGAAUGACUCGCUCCAACGUUUUGUUUACAUCCCGAUAUGGCCAUUUGUGAAACAGAAGGGAAGAUCGCCAUGGGUUAUGCAUAAUAGCAAUUCAUUUUUCCCCCAAUUUAAACAUGCAAAGAAAGUGACCAUUAAGUGCUGUUUUAUGUAUAUAUGACAUGUAUAUGUGUGAAAUAUAUUCACACAUGCACUCAAAUAACAUAUAUAUUUAUUAUAAUAUAUGAGAGAAGAAUUAGCAGAAAACUGGAUAUAAGACUUAACCUUUCUGGAAAUGUAAUAAACCAUGUUAAAAUUGUUUACACAAAUAUGUGAAUGUCUAGAAUUUGCUAGGUUUAUAAUUAAUACCUUCCUACUAGAAACGUUAUUUUUGCUGCAGAGUAUAUAAAACAGAAUUGAUCUUGAGGAUCCCAUUACAGUGUUAAAUUAUUUUUUAGAUGACACGUCUUUUGAUUUGAAAAAGCAGUAAUAGUAAAUUACCUUAUUAAUUCUCUUAUCUAGUAGCCGUUUAAAAUUACAAAAAUUUAGAAGCCUGGUGUUGCUUGAUGAUAGGAUUAAGUAUAAAAUGGCUUUAUCGUUUCUGUAGCACACUGUUAAGUGCUAUAAAAACCCCAACUUGAGUCUCCAACAUUUUUAUUCCUCUAUGUGGAAAUUUAGCUACUUGUGAUAAUGUACAUUUUCAGUAAGGAUCUAGUAAGAUCAUAUUAUAAUCUAAAAUGGAAGACAAUCCAGUGGGUUAAAAAUAAACAGAACAAACUAGCUUUUAUUUUUACUCUUCAUUGGGAGUCACAUAAAAGAACAGAAAAUGAUGGUAAUGACAAAAUCUUUCCAUAUGAUUUUUGUGUCUCAUACCACUCACUUUUAUUUGGAAAGUAUAUCUCUGAUGGGUACAUAUGAUCAAAUACAAUUUCUUCUGUUCUUCAGAAGUAGAAGAGCUGAUAUUUCAAAGUUAUUUUGGUGUUACAGGAUAAUGUGUCACACUUAUUUUAUAGUCUCUCAAUGUUGAGAUGAACUCACAUUGCAAAGUCUAACACAGAGUUUCACAUUGCACCAUAGAAAAUAAUCUAAGUUAUUGCACAUGGAAGAUUCUGAUUACUAGAUGUUAUUAGUCACGGAUGUUCCCUUGAUUGCCAGAUAUUAUUAGUCAUGGAUGUUCCCUUGAUUAUUUUUUAAAAUCAAAAUAGAGUAUGAAGUUUUCUUCUUGUCCAAAGUUAUUAUGCAUACUUUUCAUAGCAGUGUACUUCCUUUUCUUGCUUACAGUUUCCAAAACAAUGAAUGAGCUUUCAGUUUUCCAUAGAAAUGUAAACAGCACCAUGGAAAUCCUUAGAAAUUGCAAGAUUCACCUUUUAGAAGUUUAUUUAAACUUCUCCCAAUAGUUUUAUUUUCUCACAGAUGCUAAUUAUUUGCAAAAUUCACGAAUGUUUUACCUCUUUUUACUACCCUAGAAGCUAUUUCCAGUAAAUCAAGAAAUAGCCCUAAAGCAGGGGAACUGAGAGAGGCAAACUGGCCUGGUUUAAUUCACAAGCUGGAUAAUUGGCAACCCAAAGUUGUAAAUUAGAUGUAUUUUGCUUUUAAAGCCAUAUUCUGAGGCUGCAUUAGGCUAAAAUAGGUUCUUUCCUAAAUUACUGCUAGCAACUUGAUUCUUUACGGCCUCCUAACACCCAUGUGCCACUAGAUGCUUUUCCUUGUGAGAUGCAUCGCAAAGAAGACUUUGUUAUUGUUUUUUGGAAAUAGAAUAAGGAUGUCAGGGCAAAGGAAAUUACAGUGUAGCUCUUAGUGUUUAUGACUCCAUUUUGUGAAUUCUUAAAUAUAUUAUAGAAUUCUUAGGAUAAAUAAUGCAAAAAUUCAUCUAUUACAAAAUCAUGGGAAUAAUCAGCAAGCAAGUCUUCUUAUGGAGAAUUUUUAGUCAUUUUUCUUUUAAAUUCCUGAUUUGUGCAUGAAUGAGACACAAUUUCAAGUGUCUGGUAUGGGAUAUCAACCCAGUUCAUUGGCCACUACUUACAUUCGCUUAAUUCAAAAUGGUUAUUGAUUUUCUAGAGUGGGUGGUUUGGAAAUUCUGUCCUUAAUUGUAUAAGAGUGAAAUUUUUAUUAAAAAUACAAAAGAAGAAUGUCCAACAUGUCUCCUGCAGGGAAAGAAAACACAAAAACUUUAAAAAUCAAGAGUAAAUUUAAAUGUAUGAAACUACCCAACUAAUUGAUGAACAAAUUUCAUUUCUCUAGCUACUAAAGUCUGGCCUUUUUUGAGUACUAGUAUUUUAUUGCCCACAUUUGCCUAUUUAUACUGAUCUAGUCUGAUACGACGAAGUUGUGAAUAAAAGCCAUGUGCUGAUUAUUUAUAUAUACUACCUGGUAUGCUGUGGACUAUGGUUGCUGUAGUGCUUAUUCCCUAAUGAGAAACUAAGAAGAGAAGAUACAGUAAUAAACCAUGGAAGUCUCUAGAGGCCAUAGAAAUGUUUUAGAGGUAUAAAAUAUUCCUUAGUUUUUAUUAUAAAUUUUUUAUUCAUAGGUUUAAAGUCAUAGUGCGUACGGGUCUGACUUUCUCUUCUAGGAGAGAAAAUAACUUUAUCUGAAAAAGUCCAGAAACUAUUCCGUCUUACCAGGAGUUUUUAAUAGGGAAUUGGGUUUACUUACGAUGAAAGCGUAUUUUCAUUCUGUUAUUAAAAAAACAUAUCCCUGCUCAUUGUGUAAAUCUAAGAUUGGAAUGAUUUCCUGAAUUGUGUAAAAAGCAACCUUUUUAUUUUAAAUCAUCAUCUAUGAACAUAGCAUGAGACUGUAGAUUAGUUUUCACUUUAAUAAUCCAGCAUUGUAGUUAGGUACCAUUUGCUUUAUGUAAUCUGUUAAGGAACUAUUGUGAUUCAUGUUAUGAUUAUUUUUACUAGUAACAAAUUUUAUUUUACUAGCAUUUCUUUUACCUUGCAUGUAUAAAAAUGAAAUUAUAACAGGAUCAAAUAUGGAAAUGACAGUGGUAACCUCUGCCACAUGUAAAGAUCUAUACUAUUUUUUUCAUAUGUCUAAAUUAGGUCUAAAUAUACAAAAGUUUUCUACUAAUUCCGCCUCCCUAAAACUAAAAUGAACGAAACUCAAACAAACAAAAACCCCAACCUUCUUUUCAUCUAAUACUUCCACACAGCUACAUGAUAGUGGCUUCUAGACAUCAAGAAAAGGAUUUCUGGGGCCGGCCCCGUGGCUUAGCAGUUAAGUGCGCGCGCUCCGCUGCUGGCGGCCCGGGUUCGGAUCCCGGGCGCGCACCGACACACCGCUUCUCCGGCCAUGCUGAGGCUGCGUCCCACAUACAGCAACUAGAAGGAUGUGCAGCUAUGACGUACAACUGUCUACUGGGGCUUCGGGGGGAAAAAUAAAUAAAUAAGAAAAGGAUUUCAUGCUAAUUCUCUUUUAGUUUAGGAAGCAUAUGAUUAAGAAUUUUGUCAUCUAACUUGAAAUUUCACAUAUUUUAAUGUAAACUGAUCUAAAUGUUUUCUUUAGCACGUCAAAGCCAUUCCACUUAAAAAUUCUCUUUAAAUCUAAACAGAUACAUUACUUGACCUUUUCUAAAGUACUAUAAAAUUGGUAGUUAUAUAAACUCUAUUAUUUGUAGUUUUCUGUAACGCACUGAUUCAUUUUUAAAUAUAUAUUCUUUAAAAAAUAAUAAUAGCAAAUACCUCAAAAAGAGUGACAGAAUAUACCUUUCUUUUUUGUUCUGUAAUGCUAAUUUACAUUUUGAGUCUUAGUUUACUUGGUUCUAAGGGUUAAACAAUAAAAAGUGUAACUACAAUUAGUUGUGUUCCUGUGACCUGAUGAUUUUUAAAAAUUUGCUUUUCUCUUUGAAUUGAGAAAUUUAAGAUUUCAAGGACUGAAUUAGUUAUCUAAAUAUUUUGGGCUAAUGUUACUUAUGAAUAAAUUAAAAAUUUGGAAAUAUAUUCAUGAUAAAAAUUUUGUACCUCACACUGCUUUUUCUUUCUUUUCUUCUGCUUUUUUUUUAAAGUUCCCUUUGAAGUUUUGACCUUUGCAUGCACAAAGUCAAGAAAAGAGAAAUUCUGCCUUUUAAAAAUUGGUUUUCCUUAUAUUUUAUAGUGGUGUAUUUUUGCCUCAGCAAUAAUAAAACUUAGAUAAAAUGUGUUAUUGGAUCAAGUUCAGUUUGUCUGCUGAGAUUUUUAAGAACCAGGUUGAAGUCACUAUGCCUAAAAAGCAUUAAUUGUCUGUAUUCAUAUGAACCAAAUUCAUGGCUACAAAUAAUAAUCUUGCAACCAAAAAUUGGUAUAUUAAAACUUAUUGCACACUUUGAGAUUGCUGCCCUUUUUGGUGUUUUUUUUGCCUUCUCAUCAAUAGGUAUAUGGCGUAUUGAAGGAAAACUAUUCAGGUAACAUAUUCUGCAUUAACUGCGCUAUAUUAUCUAAGAAGAGCUACAUAAAGCUUUUCAUUUAUUCCCACCUACUAACUUGAAAACUAUUGGUAAAAUCAUCAUACGAUAGACUAAUAUUUUCUACGUUAGUAAGACUUACCUUACAAAAGUAAUCAGAUAAUGCUGAUAUUUCUCUUUAAAAGGCUAAUGACAGUUCUUGGUACUGAGCUGGUUGGUUCCUACAAUAACUACUGUACAUGCUACUAUAUUGAAUAUUAUUAGAUUUGCUGAAGAUUCUGGGUUUGAAGAUUAGCUGGAAAACAAUAGAUUUGCUACCAUGAAUCAUGACUCAGAUUAUCCCCAUGUGCUUUACUACCUGUAUAUGAAUGCAAAUGUUGUUACAGAAAAUAUGCUUGAAAUGUCAAUACAAUGUGCAAUUAGUAUUGCAUUGUCAUGCUUCAGCUUGUGGUAUCUGUAUGGUGAAUUUAUUUCAGUUAUUCAGAUAUGUACUAUAAUAAACAAUGUUUAACAUAAGAAAGCUACAAUAUGUCAUCAAAUGGUUAUUUCUGUUUUGCACA